AUGAUCCCGUGGAGGGGCCCAACCUCGACACCAUCCCCCAAAUACAGCCCGCCGCGCCAUGCGGCCAGGCCAGCAUCCACUCCCUCAGAAGCUGCAUCUGUGUCUGAUGGUCCCAAUCCUCGACUUCCUGUUUUCCUUCGAUGUGUCGACCUGUCAACCCUCCAGCACUCAGCCAUCGAUUCUGCGACUACCUCAUCUGACAUUCACCAAGUCGUAGCAAACAUACCGAAGACCUCGUUUUCGGCUGCUAGCCCAAUCUCAAGCCCGCAUCAAGGAUCGAGCACACAACCUGCGAGGUCAAGAUUGGCUCAGAACUGCCUCCAUCGGCUGGGUUUGGAUUUGUCUCCUAUCCGAAACGCCUCUCAACUUCAGUCCGGCCUGCGUUUGAUGUCAACGUUCAGGAUCUCAGGAGUUCUGCCUUCAAAACGCAACGCUUUCGCUCCUUCAUUCUCACCCAUCAAGCCUUUCACAAGAAUACUGCCCCAGCAGCAAAGGUCUAUGAGCACGGGCGGUAUUUCGAGGAAUCUCUUGGCCAAUCGAGAAGCUGCUGCGAAUAGAAACCCCAACAGCGCGACUGCUCAGAAUGCAUUCUACCAAGUUCUCCUCAAGGCCAACAUGCCCAUGAUUGUUGUCGAACGAUACAAUUCCGGGCGUUUUGCGGCAAAUGAAGCAACAACCGAGGCUUAUCAGCGAGCGCUGGGUAUGCUGAGUUCCGGACAUGCAGUUGGAGCUGCCGACCUCACGGGUCAAGGUGGCGUCGCUGCAAACAACACGCAUCUCAAUGCCGCCCAGCUCCAGGCUGUCGGCCAAGCACUGGCAGCCCAGACCCGUGGUGGCAACAUCGCUGUAGCCAAGGGAGCGCAGGGAACCGGCGCUAAGGACGCACCUAUCCACGUUGUUGUCGAUCAACCCAUCAGCGAUAUACUGUUUCGCUGGAUCAAGUUCCUACUGUGGUUUUGCCUCUUCACGUACCUCAGUCUCGUCGUUGUGACGAUGAUGAUCGAAGGCCUGAACCAGUUCAAACGUCCGGGAGGUAGACUUGAUAACGAGGCCAAGGCUGAGAAUCAAACCACCAGGUUCUCGGACGUGCACGGCUGUGACGAGGCCAAGGAGGAACUUCAGGAGCUUGUUGAGUUCCUCAAGAACCCCGACCGAUUCUCCACGCUCGGCGGCAAGCUCCCCAAGGGUAUCCUCCUUGUCGGCCCUCCCGGAACCGGCAAGACCCUGCUUGCCAGGGCCGUUGCUGGAGAGGCUGGGGUGCCUUUCUUCUACAUGUCCGGCAGUGAGUUUGACGAGGUUUAUGUUGGUGUAGGCGCGAAGCGUGUCCGUGACCUCUUCACAGCCGCCAAGGGCAAGGCUCCCGCCAUCGUGUUCAUUGAUGAGUUGGAUGCCAUUGGUGGCAGGAGAAAUGCGCGCGAUGCUGCCUAUGUCAAGCAGACGCUGAACCAGCUAUUGACCGAGCUUGAUGGCUUCGAGCAAAACAGUGGGGUUAUUAUCCUGGCUGCGACGAACUUCCCCGAGCUGCUUGACAAGGCUUUGACUCGACCGGGACGAUUUGACCGCCAUGUCACCGUGCCGCUGCCCGAUGUUCGUGGUCGACUCGCCAUUCUCAAGCAUCACGCCAAGAAGAUCAAGGCUGCAUCGGAGGUCGAUCUUCAGGCUAUUGCUCUGCAGACCUCGGGCAUGUCUGGUGCUGAGCUGGAGAGCAUUGUCAACCAGGCCGCUAUUCACGCCAGUAAGGCCAAGUCGAUCGCCGUCUCGAUGAAAGACUUUGACUGGGCCAAGGACAAGGUGAUCAUGGGUGCUGAGCGUAAGAGCAUGGUCAUCAGCCCCAAGGAGAAGGAGAUGACCGCCUACCACGAGGCUGGCCACGCCCUCGUCAGCUACUAUCACAAGACUGGCCCCAGCCAGCUUUACAAGGUCACCAUCUUGCCGCGUGGUCGAAGUCUGGGUCACACUUCGCAACUCCCCGAGAUGGAUCGCUACUCCUUCAGCUUGAAGGAUUAUCUCAUCUCGAUUGAGAUUGCUUUGGGUGGCAAGCUCGCUGAAGAGAUCGUCUAUGGAAGCGACAUGGUUACAAGUGGUGUUUCGAGCGACCUUGAAACGGCUACUUCGAUCGCUUUCCAGAUGGUAGCGCAGCUUGGCAUGUCUUCCAAGCUCGGCCCGGUCGAGUACCAGAACCGCUACAAGGAGCUCAGCUCAGAGACGCGAGCCUUGAUCGAGUCGGAGGUCCAGAAGACCCUCUCCGAUUCCUACGAACGCGCAAAGCAGCUACUCCUCUCCAAGCGCAAGGAACUCGAUCUCUUGGCCAAGGCUCUCGUCGAAUACGAGACUCUGGACAAGAGCGAGGUCGCCAAGGUCAUCGCCGGCGAGAAGUUGCCGGAUCGUAUCCCCGUCCCGCUCGGCCCUAUGACGGUCCCCAAACCCGCCAACCCUCUCGACGCGCUCCCGCCGCUGUCCGGUGCCGAGGGCGACAACGAGAACAACGGCCCGCCGCCGCCAGCCCCUCCCGGGACGAUCUAA